UUCAUACUAGUGAUUAAACGUCAGUCUAUGUUUGUAGUUCAUUCGAGAAAGAUGCAGAAAGCUCGAAACGUUGGUGGCCUGUUUAUUUUAGUUUUUGCAUUUUUAUUAGAUAAUUGGUUUACAAACAUUAAUGCAUAUUCGACGCAGCUUAUCAAUUCUUGGACAAGACCACCACCAAUUUCAUCGAAACUGAUGAAAACAAGAAGGACCAAUUCUGGGACGACUAUUAGUUACAGACUUGAUUCAUGGUCUCAAUACGAUAAUCCUGAAGAAGGUACAAAACGAGAAGGGGAUAUACAUCGGCCAUUGAAAUCGAGAAAAACCAUUACAACGUAUAAAACUUUACUGUGGCCCAAUGGUAUCGUGAAUUACUAUGUACAUUCGUCUAUAGGUAAGACAUUUCUGCAAUUCUAA